AUGCCCGGACCUUCCGACCGCGCAGACAUCCCGCGGGUGGCCGCUCUGGAGUUAGCCGACGGUGGCUGCUUGGUCACGUGUGGCAAACGCUACUGCAUAAUCGCCGGCGGUGACUCAGCAGAAGUGCGCGUGCAAGGUGAGUUGGAACAUGCCGCCAUCAUGUACGCUGCGACCCAUGGAGACGAGUUCUGUCUCAUCACGAGCAUGAAGACACUGCAGCGCCGCGAACUCCAAGAUGGCAGCCUCUUCCGCGAGUACCUCCUCAACCUACAACUCGCCACCGUCGAGUACCUGGCUGCUGUGGAACACACGGCUGAGCAGUCUGCGGAGCAGAUUACUGUGGGACAAAGUGCGGCGGGGUACACGGCUGAGAGGACUGAGGCUGAGGCGGAGAUCUGUUUGGCGGACAAGUUCGGUGACGUGACUUUGACGACCUGGGCGGCCAUUGCUGAGAAGAGCACCAAGACCGCGCGCUCCAUCUACCGGCACCUGAAGAUGUUCCCUAACGACCUACCCUUCGCCCAGAAGUUCGAAUGGAUCGAGAAGUACCUGGCCGAGAACCAGGUCGCGGUCGCUGACAUCGACGAGGAGGCGACCCAGUCGGGGGAGACCCAAUCGGGUGAUGUUCAGUUGGGGGAGACGGCGGUCGAGGAGGCGGAUCCGGAGACGGACUUGAACAAGUUCGACAGUGGGAAGCCGUUGGAGGAGUUGCUGCGUCAGUAUGACGAGGAGAUGGGGCCGAGUUUGAUGGGACACUUGGCGAGUGUGACAUUCAUGCGGUUGGUUCGGUGGCGCGGGACGACAUUGUGUUUGACGGGCGACCGGGAUGAAAAGGUGCGUGUGAGCUGCGUGCCGGAGCUGUGGGAGGUGCAGGCGGUGCUAUGUGGGCAUUCGCAGUUUGUGGUGGAUGCCGUGCUGGUCAGCUGUACUGGUCGGCCCCAUAUAGUCUCGGUGGCGGGCGACCGAACCUUGCGGUGUUGGUCGCUGGUCGAUGAACGGCAGGUCGGCGCGGCCGUGCUCUUGCCUUCCAUGCCCGUCAGUCUCGUCGUCCCGGCUUGUGCGGAAGGCGAGGGCGUGAUUGUGUUCUGCAUUACGACGGGCGAAAAGACGCUGCAUCGGUUCCGUGUAGCGGAAGACGGACGGCUGAGCGCGUUGUCCGCCGAAGCACUGGCCACGGCGCCACUGGCCAUGUCCAAGACCGGCCGCUUCUGGGUCGGCGAGGACGGGCGUAUUUGGCGACGACGAGCCGCAAAUAUACAACGACGGCAGAGGUCACACACGACGGCAGAAGGCUGGGACCUCGUGGGGCACAUCGACCCCGCCUGUACCUGGCUCCACCUCUGGAAACACGACCGCGAGGAGGACGCAUUGAGCCAGGAAGAACGAAUCGCCAAACGGCUGCGUCACGCCACCUGA